GGAGGCAUUAUAUAAAGGAGAAAAGGGUGUCUAGUUUUCACUUCUUCUAGAGAAAAAGAUAGAUACAAGUGUGUGUUUUAGGGAGAAAGUUGAAAGAGAGAAGGGCAAUGGAGGAGCUAAGCCAAUCAACAGUAACUCAUCUUCUUCAACACACACUCAGAAGCUUUUGUAUUCAUGAAAACUCCCAGUGGGUUUAUGCUGUUUUUUGGAGGAUCUUGCCUAGAAACUACCCUCCUCCCAAAUGGGAUGCUCAAGGUGGAGCUUAUGAUAGGUCAAGAGGCAACCGAAGAAAUUGGAUCCUAGCAUGGGAGGAUGGUUUUUGUAAUUUCGCAGCCUCAACAGCUGCAGACACAAACUCCGGUGACUGUCAACCGUAUUCAAACCAUGAGUACCAACAAUAUCAAGGCCUUCAACCGGAGCUUUUCUUCAAAAUGUCCCACGAAAUUUACAAUUACGGUGAAGGGUUAAUUGGGAAAGUAGCAGCAGAUCACAAUCAUAAGUGGAUUUUUAAAGAGCCUACUGAUCAAGAAAUAAAUUUCUUGUCUACUUGGAAUAACUCAGCGGACUCACAUCCAAGGACAUGGGAGGCUCAGUUUCAGGCCGGUAUAAAGACUAUUGCUUUGGUUGCUGUUAGAGAAGGUGUUAUCCAACUGGGAUCAAUUCACAAGGUGAUUGAAGACUUGAGCUAUGUGGUGAUGCUAAGAAAGAAAUUGAGCUACAUUGAGAGCAUCCCAGGGGUACUACUACCACACCCAUCGUCCUCACUAUACCCGUUCAGACCAGAAGGGUACAACACACCUGAACUAUGGCCUUUCCAUGGCGGCAGUGGUGGUGGCAGCGAUUUACCGGCAGCUUACAAUCAACCAUUGAACAUAACUCCUUCCAUGAGCAGCCUUGAGGCCCUCCUCUCAAAACUUCCAUCAGUCGUUCCGGUUUCGUCUUCACCACUGGCGGCACCACCCUUUUGUGAGGCGACACAGCCGCAUUUCGUGGCGGUGUCACCGGAGAAUGAAGUGGUUGAGGAGGAGGAAGAGGAGAUAAAAGAUGUCGGAGAGUGUAGCAGCUCAAUGUCUUCUUAUGGCCAUCAUCACCAACAUUUUCAACAUCAUGAUAUCAAUGUAAGCAGUUGCAUGACCAAUAAUAGGUAUUAGUUUGGUAGUACUGUAGUAGUUAUUAAGUUAAUAACUAGAGGUUAAAUUAUGUAUGUAUUAGUUCUAGCCAUAUAUUAGUGUGCC